GGUCGUCGGUUCCAUUGUCGUAUCGCUCUAACAGUUAGGAAGUUUUUCCUGAUGUUCAUUUGAAAUCUGGCUUCCUGCAACUUGAGCCCAUUAUUCUGUGUCCUGCACUCUGGGAAGAUCGAGAAGAGAUCCUGGCCCUCCUUUGUGUUGGCACCCUUUCAAGUGCUUGAAGAGUGCUAUAAUAUCUCUCCUCAGUCUUCUCUUCUCCAGGCUAAACAUGCCCAGUUCUUUCAGUCUCUCCUCACAGGGCUUUGUUUCCAGUCCCCUGACCGUCUUUGUUGCCCUCUGAACCUGCUCCAGUUUGUCUGCUUCCUUCUUAAAGUGCAGUGUCCAGAACUGGAUCUAGCUGUGAAAUAGCAUCGGAGCGGCAUUAUGGAUCCCCCCUUUUACUCUGGAGAGGAAAGAGCCACCAUGGAGGCAGCUCAGGGUCAGGUGAUCUUUGAGGAGGUGGCCUUGCAUUUCACCGAGGAGGAAUGGGCCCUGCUGGAUCCAAGCCAGAGAGCCCUUUACAAGGAGGUCAUGGUGGAGAUUCAUGAGAUGGUAACUUUUCUGGGAGGUGUCUGGGUGAACACGGCUGAGGCGGAACCAUCGGAAGCGUCACUGGAAAUUGCUGAAGAGCAGGAGGAGGAACAGAAACGGGGGAAUCAAGAUGGAGCAAAGAGACAAGAGGGGAGAAAAACACAAAAGCAAGGGAAUGAAUCCAGAGCUUCUCAGGGUGGUGAAUAUAAAAUCCAACAGGAAACUCUUCACCUAAAGGAAAUGAGAAUAUCUCCUGAGUGCAGUAAAAUCUUAAGUUACCAACAAGCCCUAAAUCAGGGAAGACAUAUGACAGAGAAGGAAUACAAAAGUUUGAAAUGUGGGGAGGGAUUUUUUGAUAAAUCGAGACUUGUUAGACAUCAACUACUUCACACUAGAGAGAAACUGAAUUCAUCCUUAAGCUGUGGGGAAAGCAUCAGUAUUAGUCAGAGUGGAAGGCUUGGUUCCCUUCAAAAACAGCAUAUAGGGGGAAAAACAUAUGAAUUCACUGAAGGUGGCAACAGCUGUCCUGAUCAGUCAGUGAUUGUUAGGCAUGAGACGAUAUACACUGCAGAGACGUUUUAUGAAUGCUUGCAGUGUGGUGAAAACGUAAGGCAGGAUUAUCAACUGGCUAGACAUCAGAGAAGUCAUACAGGGGGAAAAACAUAUGUAUGGUCUCAUUGUGGGAAAUGUUUCACCCAGAGAUAUAAUCUGACAAGACAUCAGAAGAGUCACACAGGCAAGGACCCAUACACAUGCUCUGACGGCGGGGAACAUCUCACCAAUAGCUCAAAUCUUACUGGACCUAAGAGAGUGUACACAGCAAAGAAACCAUAUAAAUGCUGGGAGUGUGGAAAGACCUUCCAACGGAGCACAAAUGUCAAUUCACAUCAAAGAACUCACAGACAAGAGAAAGAGUAUGAAUGCUUGGAAUGUGGAAAGAGAUUUUGUCAUAGGUCAAAUCUUACUGUACAUAAGAGAGUGCACGCAGGAGACAAACCAUAUAAAUGCUUGGAGUGUGGAAAGAGCUUCUGUGAGAGUGGUACCCUUAAUAAACAUCUAAGAAUCCAUACAGGGGACAAACCUUAUAAAUGUUUGGAAUGUGGAAAGAGCUUCAGUCAGAAUGGCACCCUUACUAGACAUCAAAGAAUUCAUACAGGGGACAAACCUUAUAAAUGUUUGGAGUGUGGAAGGAGCUUCACUCGGCAUUGCCACCUUACUUCACAUCAAAGAAUUCAUACAGGGGACAAACCUUAUAAAUGCUUGGAGUGUGGAAAGAGCUUCAGACAACCUUGCUACCUUACUUCACAUCAACGAAGUCAUACAGGUGACAAACCUUAUAAAUGCUUGGAGUGUGGGAAGAGUUUCAGUCAGAGUGGCAACCUUACUUCGCAUCAAAGAACUCAUACAGGGGACAAACCUUAUAAAUGCUUGGAAUGUGGAAAGAGUUUCACUCAGAAUGGCAACCUUACUUCACAUCAAAGAACUCAUAAAGGGGACAAACCUUAUAAAUGCUUGGAGUGUGGAAAGAGCUUCACUUGGCAUUCCCACCUGACUACACAUCAAAGAACUCAUACAGAUGACAAACCUUAUAAAUGCUUGGAGUGUAGAAAGAGCUUCACUUACCAUUGCCACCUUAUUAGGCAUCAACAAACUCAUACAGGCCACAAACCUUAUAAAUGCUUGGAGUGUGGAAAGAGCUUCACUCAGCAUUGCCAACUUACUGCACAUCAAAGAACUCAUACAGGUGACAAACCUUAUACAUUCUUGGAAUGUGGAAAGAGCUUCAGUCAGAGGAGCAACCUUACUCUGCAUCAAAGAGCUCAUAUGUGACAAACCUUAUAAAUGCUGAGACUGUGAAAGGACCUUUAGUCAGAUUGGUAAUCUUCAGGCAUAUGAAAGGAUCCAUAAAGGGAAAACCAUAUAAAUUAUUUUAAUGUGGAAAAGGUUUUAAGCACAACUUCAGUCUUAAUGUUUAUCAAAGGAUUCAUACAGUGGAGAAGUCUUAUAAAUGUCUGGAGUGUGGAAAGACAACAGGACAACAAAAAUAUUAAUGGUUUUAUAGUUAUUUAAACAUUUAAGGUUUUAUGAUAUAUUAACUUGUUUUAUUGAUUCUGAUCUACUGACUAAGGCCACUGCAAGCAUUAUUUGUAAAUAUGUUAAAGUAUAAGUCUGAACUAAUAAACUUUGAACCCUGAAACAUUAUACUGUAAGAUAUUUUAAAUGUAAAUUAUACUGAUGGUGAUAUGUAAUUCUGAGUUAUAAGUCUGAUAUUUGAUUUCUGACAUAAUUUGAUUAUGAUUCAUGGAUAAGAGGCAAAUUGGCUAAGGCCAACUAUAUUAUUCUGACAUAUAAUUUAUAAUUCUUAUGAUGAUGACCUGUUUGAAAAGGCCAACUGAACACAUCUAAAGUCAUAGACAUGAAUAAA